GACUGAGACAUCGUAACUGCUCACGCAAACUUUAAUUUUAACUGAUCUUAAUUCUGCGCAAAUUUAAUUGUAAGUUUUUUACUGAAUUACAGUAGGAUUCCGUACAUUGCGAUCCAGUGUUAAUUCUAAAUACAUAGCUUGGAUGAAUACUACUGCAGUACGGAGCGGUGGUACAAAUGUGUAAUACAUAGAACUUUCUUACUUUUGUAAAAUAUCGCUCCAAAAUGAAGAUAAGAGUAAAACUUUAAAAAAAUGUGCUCUAAAAUGCAAACCAUUGUUAACCAAUGUUGUUAAAUAGUUAAAUUGAAGAGGAUUUAAAUUUUGACAAACUCGAUAAGUGGUAAAGUGUGCGGAGUUCAAGGGGUCUUAUUAUUAUGCAAAAUUAUGCCUCAAGGUAUUACAGGUGUCGGAUUCCUUCAAAUGAGGUCUCUGAGUCUUUGUGUAUUUUUUCUAGUCAUCUCAGUUGGAGUUAGCAAUGGCCACGACGACAUUGUUGUAACAAAGGUUCAGAUUCCCGUAUUGAACAAAACUGGACCAACCCAACUUAAUUAUCGACGUUCAAGACAUUUUAGCGUCAUUGCAUCAACCGUCAGAUCCAUGGGAUGUCUUCCAAAAUUCUUUUGUGCCAUGAACGCCACAAGUCCGACUCAAUCCAGCUCUACAUUUAACGAUCUCGCUUUUCUCAUCAAAUUUGCAAUGACGGACGACGACGACAAGGAAGAUGAUGACGAUUCUACUGCGACAGUUGUUGACAAACAACGGGAAAAGGACCAGAAUGAGAAACUUGUGGAUGAUGCGUCUUCCGGUGAAGACAUUGAUCCAGAAUUGCAAACUCCUUCUGAGGAGGAAAAGGAAAAACAAGGCAUUGAACAAAUGGCAGAAGAACUCCUCAUUGACCGAGACCCAGACCUCAACAACCUAAAUUUUAUGCGUUUAGAUGGUAAACGUAAAUAUAAAGGAAAAGUCGACGAAAUAUUGGGAAAUAUGGCUAGGCAGGAGACAAUUUCAGCAAAAAAGGUGACACGACCUAGAUCCAAGGUUAGAAGGGUAAUCUCUGAAGUUAAACACAUGUUUGGACUUGGACGACGACAUUUAAAUGAUAAUGCCGACAUGAAAAGAGGGACAAACGAUUUUUGGGAGACCAAAGAGUUUCGACAACAAAUGCUCCUCGCUGCAAAGGUGGGCGAAAGUAAUCUGUCCAUCGACAACAGCACGUCUGAUGCCCUCUGUGCAUCCACAUUUGACCUGUGUCCUUACACGAUGGACCAGAUGAGAAGAUUUGUACGGGGUGACCCUGAACCCCAAGCGCAACAAAGUAAUCUCCUGAUGUCACCACUUCCAUUUAUGGCAAAUGGCUAUCCAUAUCCUCCGAGCUAUCACAACGUCAUGCCCGUUGUCCCAGCUAUGGCUUAUCCCUUUGCUGCCCCCAUGACCAACCUUUAUCCUGCACCUACAGCAGUAGCAGUAGCUCAUCAUCCAUCAUACGUAACUAAACCACGACCCCCAUUAUUUAAGCCAACUGAAAUAAUCGAAAAUAUUCUCCCUAAGCCCCAAACAACUUCACAAGCAAAUGAGAAGGGCAUUAUUAACCCACAUAAAAUUCGUCUAACGCAAUCAGAAACUUAUUUGAAUGAGGAACAAAAACUUGGUCGAGAAAUAAUGAAAGUUAUAAAACGACACAAACUUCGGCAAAACACAACUCGAGUGAAAAAUAAGGUUGCUAAUAAUCAGGGACUUAUUCACGUUAAAAUCAAUUUGCCAGGGGAUAAUCCCUCAGUACCACAGACAAUGAAUCUCGACGAAGACGAACAACAACUUGGAAAAGAACUUGUGCAAAUUAUAAAGAACAAAUUUCUAACAUCGUCAAAAACAACCAAAAGUCUACGACAAGUACACCAGAGAAAGAAAAAAGAUGAGAUUUCCAAACUAAAUAAAAUCAGACCCAAGCUGGCAAAACAUAGUAGCAAACCAGCAGCUUCAAAUUUUAAACGCAGACCAGCAAUUACACCGGAACAGCCUGAGUAUGAUAUUAGCACUACAUCAGAACAAGAUGAGGACAAAGAGAACCACAAUUUUAAACCGGCACAAAGAAGGAGUUUUAAGAAGAGAAAACCUUCCCUGUUCUUUAGACUUAGCCAACCUUAUCGCAAAUAUUUUAAUGCAUGGAAACAAUCGAAAAAGAAACGAGAUCCGCAGCAUGAUUCGAUAUCUUCCUCAGAAGAGAAGGACGACUACAACAAACCAAGUUCUGAGGAGGAGGAGGAGGGUGAGGAAGAGAGUGACGAAAAACAUGUUGAACGACCAAAGAUAAGAAAAUCAAAACCCACACCGACAUCCAAAUCAUCAGCAUUGACCGCUGCUACUACGAUUUCGCCAAAAACCACCACAAUGCAGCCUCCACAGACGAAAGCGACGACAAUAGUCCAUCAGAGUGAAGAGGAUCACAGUAGUGAAUGGCAGAAAGUAGGGGACUUGCGAGAAAGUAUGAAGAGUACCUUUGACAAGGAAGACACGUCAAAACUUGGGGAUAAGAAGCCAGUAUUGUCCCCUACAAUGAAAUUAAUUGCUGAUAUUGCGAAAUCUGCUAGAACUCAAAAUCAGCUUCCAAAGUCUCAUCAUCUUAUGGAGUACAGUUAUGUUGCUAAAAAUAACAAAGUUAACAGGCCAAAGUUAUCAAAAGGUCAGAAUAAGCUCAGAAUAAAACAGAAUAUAGCCUAUUCUAAGCCGCAACACAAGUCAGCGCAUCUACAAAAUGCAAAGUUCAACUUUUAUCCUCAUAGAUUGGAAUUGGACUAUUUUCAAUACUCUCAAAACCCUAACCAGAAUUUUCUCCGAUAUGAAAACUCGAAUAAUUAUAAUCAACAAUAUAAGCAGCCUCAACAUCCAUCUUUCCCCAUUCACGGUGUUUGGCCUAACCUUCCCCACCAGCCUCACAUGCAACAUAGCAACUUGGACAACUGGUCAUUUAAUCGUCAGUAUCUGAACCAAGUCCAAAACGCCAAUAAAAAUCAACAAACUUAUUACACUCCACUUUCUCCACGUGAGGAUUUAAGCAGCCAUUCGCAUAAAACGGUUUAUUACAACCAGUCGUUUUUCAUCCCCACCACCCAAGUUCCUCAUGGAAAGCAGUAUUUCCAACAGAAUAAACCAACAUCUCAUUCAAAUCGUGCUAUUCCUACUCGAAUACAUAAUUCAAUGGCAAAUCUUGUUCGGACAUCUGGCCGACCCCCAAUUUCAAACACAAUGCAACAAAAAACGGACUUUUCAAAUUAUAAUAACAUCCACUCGAAUGGUCUUCUCAUUGAUCCCAGUCCGAGUAAUGAGUUGAAAAUCCAACAACAACAAAUUCAAGCUAUGCAACGGUUGCAGGAAAUAGCAAAACAUCAAUUGAUCCUGUCUCAACAGCUCAAUGAAGAACAAAGUUCCUAUUAAUAUUCUGUGUAAAUAAUUUAGGAGACCAAGAUGUUCUAGCACUGAAAAACGAUGUCAAUUGCAACGUAUGUACAUACGUAUGUACGAACUGUGAUAUGCAUACGUGCAUACACUAUCACAGAAGACAAGAAGAGGAAAAUUGCAUAAAACAACAAAAAUAGCAUGGUGAUUGAAUAUACGGAACAUGUAAUUACCAUUUUCUUCUUCCACAUCUUCUUGCCCUUUUUGCCUUUUUUGGGGGUGUCGUCGUCGCCUUCAGCGCCAUCGUCCUCGACCGUGGCAGCAGUUGUGGACCCACCCUUCGCACCUCCUCCCAUCUCCUUCGCACAAGCCGCCCAUACCUCCUUGGUCGCCAUAUUUUUCACCGCCUCUCCCUUGCACGUCAUGUUUCCGCCCCAUCCGCCGCCGCCCCUUCCGCCCUUUCCGCCCUUGCCGCCCUUUCCGGCCUGAAAGAUACAAACACGUACAUAAUAAUGGGGGCACACGCAUGCGCAGAACUUCUCUGCAAUUGGUCCGGUUCAACGGACUUACCGAAACCGUGGUCAAGAGGAGAAAAAUGGCUGCUGCCAAUACAAUGUAUAUUUUAUUCCUGAGCUGCAUUUUGAAAGUCCUAUGAUCCAGGUGGAGAAUGAAGCUCUAAAAAAUCUUAACUAACUGGAAGAAUUGAAUAUGCAUGAAAUAAAUAUCAAAUUUUAAAUU